UGCGCGUGCAGAGGGUGAAAGGAAAGAAAAAUGGCGAAUCUCGUGGAGGCGACUACUCAACAGCAGUUUGAAGAUUUCUUAGCCAAAGCUGGAAAAUGCCUUACCGUGGUGCAUUUCCAAGCGGCGUGGGCUCCUCAGUGUGGCCAAAUGAACGAGGUGAUGGCCGAACUGGCCAAAGAACAUGCGCACACUACGUUCGUGAAGCUAGAGGCGGAAGCGGUCCCGGAGGUGUCGGAGAAGUAUGAAAUUUCCUCCGUCCCCACUUUCCUUUUCUUCAAGAGCGGAGAGAAAGUGGACCGCCUGGACGGGGCUCACGCUCCGGAACUGACUAAGAAGGUGCAGCGCCUCGCGGUGAGCGAGGGACCCGGUGGAGCCGCUGAGGGCAGCGGCGCAGAUCUGAACCAGCGGCUGAAGAAGCUAAUCAACGCCGCCCCCUGCAUGCUCUUCAUGAAGGGGUCACCCCAGGAGCCCCGCUGCGGAUUCAGCCGACAGAUAGUUGCGCUGCUGAAAGAGCACAACAUCCAGUUCAGCAGCUUCGAUAUCCUGUCCGAUGAGGAGGUCCGACAGGGGCUGAAGACGUACUCCAACUGGCCCACCUACCCCCAGCUGUAUGUGAACGGGGAGCUGGUGGGAGGACUGGACAUAGUGAAGGAACUGGCUGAGUCCGGAGAGCUGGAGAACACCUGCCCGAAGGCUGUCACCUUAGAGCACCGACUGAAGACCAUCAUCAAUCAGAGUCCAGUCAUGCUGUUCAUGAAGGGCAACAAAGAGGCUGCCAGAUGUGGCUUCAGCAGGCAGAUACUGGAGCUCUUGAACGGUACCGGGGUGGAUUAUGACACCUUUGAUAUCCUGCAGGAUGAAGAAGUGCGGCAGGGGCUCAAGACUUACUCUAACUGGCCAACCUACCCUCAGCUCUAUGUGAAAGGAGAGCUUAUCGGUGGUUUGGACAUUGUCAAGGAGUUGAAGGAGAGUGGAGAGCUGGUAUCAGUCCUGAAAGGGGAGUCGUAGAUGGAUCUGCAUUGGCUAUCUGAGGGAGGGAACAAGAAGCUGCUGCACAUACCCAGAUUAGCUCCAGUAACCCUGCAGAAGGGUCAAAAUAUUCUCUAGUAACUAAUUGUAUUGUAGCAGGGGGAUAGAUUCACUCUAAUUACAGUCAGAAAUGAAACUGCUGUCAACAGUAAGAAUUUACAUCUGUUUUUCUUUCUGGUAAUGAUUGUUACUGGAAAGCUGGGCUUCUAGAAAUUCUUGAAAAUACAUCUGAAGAUUUGUUUAACAUGACAUUUAAGUAAAUACUUCUUGCUGUCUGAUUCUUGGAAAAAUGAUGACGUUAGUUCACAAUAUCUGCAUUUCUUGGGAUUAUAGCUUUCCUUCCAGUGUUGACAGCCUCACACUUCAGUAUGUUAUGUAGACUUUUAUUUUCCUACCCAGGCCAGCUGCUCACUGUUCACACCGUCCUGUCUGCACAUUCUCCACCUUUAAAGUCCGAAAAGCUGUUUUUAGCUCUGUGCAAGGAUCACUCUGGUAACAAGCUAUGUGUGUUUGUCGGUAAGAUUACAAUUAAAAAUUAAAACAACUUAAA